AUCCAUCUAAGCGUCCCACCAUGGCUGAUCUGAUUAAAUAUGGCAAACAGGAAAUGAAAAGAGUUUAUGAUGACCCAGCUGCUAAUGUUACGUAUGAAGAUCAAAGUUCAUCGUCAACACAUUGGAUGCAUCCAGAAGCAUUUCAUACUAGUAGAGCAUUAAAUAGUAUUAUCCCAAGCUCGCUUAAUAGGACAUAUAUACUCUGGCAAUACGAUUUAGAAAUUACAGAAAUGUUUGAAGAACUUGCUAACAUGUUUAGCAAAUAUGAUGAAAAAGAUAACAAUAUUAUACUUAACCAAUAA